GUUAUUGUAUUUCAUAACUACCUCACCGUGCUGUUUUCUUUGCACUUUCCGGUAAAUAAUUAAAAUAAUUAAAUAAAAUGAACAUCGGAAGGCUUAUUACACCACUGAGGAGCAGCACAUGGUCGGUGCGCAGCUACGGAAAGCACAACAAGAAGUUUCUCUACAACGAUGGCCAGAAAUUCGAGGGGAUUACCUAUUAUCCCAGGACCCCCGGUCAUCAGGAUCCCCCUGUGCAGCCGUCUAAACUCUUCCGGGUGCAGCGCAUCAAGCCAGUGAAGGGUAAUCCCUACUGGGAGAAGCGAAUCCUCAAGGAUCUGGGCCUCGAUGGCAAGCAAAGUGACUUUACGGUGGUCAAGAACAUCCCGGAGAACAAUGCCCGCCUGUGGAAAAUCAAGCACCUGGUGAAGGUGACCCCGGUGACGUUUCCCUAUGGAGAACCCACAGCCCAGGAUGUCCGGCACACGAUACUCAAGGAAAACGGCGAGUGCCUGGUCACAAAGGACCUGGGACCCAUAGAAACCCGCCUGGAAGCUCGCCAGGACUACGAUGAGCAGCCCAAACGUCUGGACACUGACCUCCUACGCAAAGACGCCCGACUCAAGUGGUUGAAUCCCUGGUAGUUAAACCUGUUUCACUUUAUUCUAUAAAAUAGUCUCAAAAAUACAAUGCAAAAUGUGUAAGGGGCAUCACUUCCCUAGUUAA